GGGGUGUCGGGGUGUGCCAGGUGUGCCAUGCAUCCUAUGCCGCCAUGUUUAGUUUCUUUUUCGGUUCCUCCACAGAUGGCCCGAGUCCACCAACAAUACGAGAAGGCCAUAAGACUGUGGAGGUGAUCAUUGAUGAUGAACGAUUGCAAGUAGACGUGGAUGUUUUAGCUGAAGUCUCUGGACUCUUUCUUCAAAUCCAAAGUACAGAUGCCAAAGAAUGCCCUUUGCGGGACUUCCCGGGAGGCUUAGAUAGAUUUCGCGGCAUUGUUGGCUUUCUGAUCGACAGUGAAACAUUGGUUGUGGGCGACGAAACUGUCUUGGAUUUGUUGGAAGCGACAUGGCUAUUGGAAUGCCCAUCUUUGUUGGAUGGAGUCAUGCAAUCGUCCUUUGUAACUUCUCUAUCCUCAAGGCGAAGGGCUGAAAUUUUGGAACAUCUCUUGCCAUACACUGCAGCUAGCAGUCCAGCAGAUUCUGAACAUGCCAUUGAGUCAUUGAGCGCAAGCGCUCCAAGUGACACGCUUGGCAAUUGGGAUGAACAUGGCGCUGCGAGCCCAAAAUAUUCUCAAGAAACAAUGCCGGCAUCACUGGCUUGCAAACAAUUUCUGAGGUUUUUUCAGUUCGAAACUUUAAUGUGGCAGACUACGGAAAAGGCAGCACUGACGUUAGCAUCACAAUUGGAUUCUGGAGAUUUUGUUCUUGGCCCGCGCUUGGCUACUGGAAGUUUGCGCGUUUGUUCUGAACUCCUUCGCCUUCGACGACUUCGCGAAGAGGAAUCUGGUUUCGUUUCGAGCGCAAUUCAGCCUGUGAGCACUUUGUGGAAGAAUUUGAUGGACAAACCUUUGAGAGCAAAAGUCUCCUGGGACUCACAUCUUUUUGCAUUGCGUUGCAUGCGGCGUCGGCUUGCUGCGGUUGCCCCACCGGAAGUCCUGCAGAAACAAGCAGAGAUGGCUGGAGAAAUGAAAGAGGAUGAAGAAGCGCAUGAGGAUUUGCCCGCUGAACUUGUUGAGACUGCUGAAGAUUCAACUCUCAUUGUGUUUGGUGAGCUCAUUGGAUAUGUAAAUUCAGAACGGCUUUCCUCCAAUUGGUCAGCUUUGCUCGUUCGUGUCCUUCUUUUGCUGAGUGCUGACUAUGCUGACUCUGACCUCAGAGAAGGUCGUACACUCAAAGCACGUGAAAUCUUUAGGAACACCUUUGCCAGCGACUUGAUGCAAAAACUGUCAUGGUGCCACCCUGCUCCUGUACCACCAGCUUGGCUAGUUGAUGUGGUUUCAAAUCCAGAUGCUUCCAAAGCCUUGCUCCGGGUUUUGAGUCGAUAUCGGCAAAUGGAAGCAGAAGAACUCUCUGAUAUCAUUGAACAUGUUUUGCUUGCCGAAUUUUUGCCUUGGGAUCAUUGCCAGAAAACCAUUUUGGCGUCAGAACUUUUGAAUGACAUCCUUGGAGCUUGCAUGGAUGCCGGGAAGAAGGCAAACAGUGGAGGACAGGGGACCCGGUGUCCCGCACAUUGGGCAGGACAACACCGUCUUUGGAGGCUCGAAUACUUGGGACGGCGCUUGUUCCACGUCGCUUUUGUGUUUCAAGAAGGUUUCUUGCCACACAGCUGGCCUGAUUGUUUCGGCGAUGACCCCAAUGAUUCCAAUGAUUCCAAGCCAACCGGUGGCAAACUCCUCGUUCGCCGGAUGGCAGUUGAAGAUGAUAUUUGCUCUGCACAGCCGCAAGUCGUUGAAGUGGAUGGUUCCUGUCUUUGGGACGAAGGCUUGUUGACAAUUCCACUCUUGCGACGCACAAUGAUGGAGGGCCGGGCAAUGCUGGACAAACCCAUUUUGCAUUACGGUCGUCAAGUGAUUAUGAGACACUUGUGGUACAAACACACAGACUACUGCGAGGUCCCCAAACUCAAAGUGCUUUGGGAUUUGGCUUGCUGGUCCUUGUGCGAGGAUGCUGGUCUUGUUCGUCAAGCUUUGGAGUACUUGAAGGGAACAUACCGAGAUCUCUGCCGGCCAGGAGGGCCUUGGAGUCCGGAAAAUGAAGAAGAUUUGUUCGAGAUGUUUCUUGCAAUAGACUUUUCACUUCUACCGAUUCAAGUGUUGUACUCUCCGUGGGUCCCAGCUCAAGUGCAAAGUGUUCGUUUGUUUGUCCAACAGCAACCCGCUGAUCAAUUUCAUCAAGAGCUGCAGCAAGAAGUCAGCAGAGCCAUGGAACAUCUCAAAAGUGUGAACUUUCAAUGUUCUAAACUCACUGACAAACUGAACGCUGUGGACCAGCGCACUGUGAUGAACAAGAGCCAGAUCAGCGAUUCCAGCGCUGCUUUAGAAGAAAUUCUUCGAAAACGACGGCAGAAGGAGGGCGGAUGACCUUUGCUGCCCGUUUCAGGGUGUGCUGACUGUGCUGACGCCAAGGAAAGAGAAGAAGAACGUAGAAGAACUAAACAAUUUCACACGUUUGCUCAUAUUCAUUGCUUGAUAAAA